CCACUUCACAAGUUCAGCUUACUGGACUUUGAAAUAUUCCCAGACUCUCCUGGGAUUUGUGUGUUUCAGACUGCAGACUGAUAGUUUGUCCCUUCGGAUCGAGUUGGAGGACAUCAUCAUCAUGAGUAAGGAAGCCCGUCCAUCCUGGGACAGUCCCAUGCAGUUUGUCCUGGCGUGUGUGUCUUAUGCUGUGGGACUCGGGAACGUCUGGCGUUUUCCGUAUCUCUGCCAAAUGCAUGGAGGAGGUGGUUUUCUGAUCCCGUAUCUGCUGAUGCUGUUUCUGGAGGGGAUUCCUCUCUUCUGUAUGGAGCUGGCCAUCGGUCAGAAGAUGCGUCUGGGCAGCAUCGGCGCAUGGAUGGCCAUCAGCCCGUAUCUGGGUGGACUGGGUAUUGCCAGUGUUGUGACCUCCAUGUACCUAUGUCUGUACUACAACGUCAUCAACGCCUGGAGCUUCUGGUAUCUCUUCCAUUCAUUUCAGUCGGUGCUGCCGUGGGCCGAGUGUCCCGUCAAUGCGAACCGCACCGGGUAUCUGGAGGAGUGUGAGGUGGCUUCACCCACUCAGUACUUCUUCUACCGUGAGACGCUGAACAUCUCGUCGUCCAUCGAUGAGAACGGAGGCCUUCACAUGGGUCAGGCGCUGUGUCUGCUGCUGGCCUGGAUCAUCGUCUACCUCUUCAUCGUCAGAGGCGUCAAAUCCACCGGCGUGGUGGUUUAUUUCACAGCUACAUUUCCGUAUGUGGUUCUGUUCAUCUAUCUGAUCCGCGGAGUCACUCUUCAUGGAGCCUGGAAUGGAGUCAAGUACAUGUUCACACCUAAACUGGAGCAGCUGGCGAAUCCUCAGACGUGGAUCAACGCUGCGACUCAGAUCUUCUUCUCUCUGGGUCUGGGCUUCGGCUCUUUGAUCGCUUUCUCCAGUUACAACCAUCACAACAACGACUUCGAGAAGCAGGCGGUCGUCAUCUCGCUCAUCAACAGCGGCACGUCUGUGUUCGCCAGCGUCGUCACCUUCUCUAUCUACGGCUUCAAGGCCACCUUCAACUACGAGAGCUGUUUGGAAAGGAUGAGGCUGCUGUGUCUCAAUGCGUUCGAUCUGUCAGAGGAGAGCAUCAGCGCGGGGAACGUCACGGCGUGGAUCAGUCAUCUCAACAUCACUCAUCCAGAGAGGUUUGCAGCCAUCGCUUCAAAGAUCGAGCACUGCAGUCUGGAGGCUGAGCUGGACACGGCGGUGGAGGGCACGGGUCUGGCGUUUAUCGUGUACAGCGAGGCCAUCAAGAACAUGCCGCUGUCUCAGCUCUGGUCUGUGCUGUACUUCAUCAUGCUGCUGCUCUUAGGGAUGGGGAGCAUGCUGGGAAAUGUCACAGCCAUCAUCACCCCGCUGGCAGACAUCAAGCUCCUGACGCGCUUCCUCAGCAGCGAGAGCAUCAAUGGUCUGGUUUGUCUUCUCUGUUUGCUGCUGGGUUUUGGUUUCACCAGCCGCUCGGGAAGCUACUGGUUCACCAUCUUCAACGAAUACGCGGCUACGCUGUCGCUGCUCUUCAUCGUCUUCAUUGAAGUCAUCAGUGUGUGUUACAUCUACGGACUGAGAAGGUUUGAGAGGGACAUCGAGGACAUGUUGGGUCAUCGGCCGAACUGGUAUUGGAAGGUGAUGUGGGCAGUCGUCAGUCCUCUGCUUCUCUUCAGUCUCUUCAUCUUCUACAUCAUUAACUACAUCCAGGGCGGCACGCCGACAUACCAGGCCUGGGACAAAGAUCUGGGUCGGUCGGUGGUGAAGGAGUACCCGGUGUACGGUCAGGUUUUCAUCGCUCUGCUGCUGCUGUCAGCACUCAGCUGUGUGCCGCUCGCCGCUCUUCACUCCGUCUGCAGGAGAAAGCAGCGAGGGACACCGAUCCGUGAACACCGUCACGCCUGACGCUUAGACCCCCGCUAACACACACGCAUUAUCAAUAUUUUCAGUUUCUGGUCAGAGUACAAGCUAUUAGGACUCUUUCUACUGUAUAUUUCCCUCUGAAAACAUGACUGAUGAAAUGGUAUCAGAUUAAGAAUGAUCAGAAAAGGGCUUUUCAAUAACACUUUACUCAAAACAUUUAUGUAUAAUGCAUUAUAAUUCAAUUUCAUAAUGUACUUUGCGAUGCAUAAAAUCUUUUCAUAAAUAACUGCAACCAAAUUUAAAAUGCAUUAUAAUAUUUAAAGAUUUGUUUGGCGUUUUUAGUGCAUUAUUCUUCCUAAGGUGCAUGAAUUAAUAGAUACGUAUGAUGUAUUAUUCGUGAGAUCUUGCAUUAUGGGUGCAUUGCAAUGCAAGGCAUAAUUCAUGCAUCAAACUAUUUUAUAAUGCAUUAAAUAUAAUGGCUUUAGGUAAAGAAUAAAAGAAGAAAACUAUUUACACAUUAUAUAUGAACAGAAGAUGAAUAUCCAAACACUGAAUAUCUGGACUGUGAAGAGCAUUUAGCGCGACUGAUCGAGAAUGUAAAACUAUGUAAAUACGUUUUUACUGCAGUUCAUGUGAUAGAAGAAAAUGACUUUUGUAUAUUUGUCAAAUCAUAGUCUUUUAUAUGUCUGUGAAAUGAACAAUGACUGUGAUGUCUAACAGGUAGAAAUAUCAUCAGACUCAAUGUUUUAUUUUACCGUAGAACUUGUGUAUUUGUAGUAAAUAUAUAUAUAUAUUUUAUAAUUAUAUAUAUAUAUAAAUAAAACACACACAGCGUACAGAUAUAUUCAGAGGAAUUUCAGUGCAUUUUGGAUAAUAAUCUUCAAGUACUGUAAUUUAUGACAAAACAAAAGUCACAUUACGUCUUGAAGUCCUGAUGAAUUCUUGCCUUUUAGGUCUUUGUCAAUAUCUUGUUUGAAAUCACAAAAACCUUUAUUAUUAUAUACAAAAAAAGUCAUCAAAGUAGUCCUAAGAUUAGGUUUUAGGACAGCUUUGAUGAAAGGUUUGGAUCCACUUCAAAUGUUGACUAAAUACAGUAGUGUUUCAACAACAACAUUUAGUGUAGAGUUUAUACACUUGUUUAUUAUAAUAAAUCAUACAUUUUUUGUGCUCUAUUUCUCCUUUAUAUUGGAUAUUUUUCAGCCUUUCUCUUUUACUUCUUGGACAAAGCAUCAUGAAAGCAAUACUUUUUCAAACCAUUAAUCUUGAAAAUAACAUGCAUGGAAACUAUUCUUCAUUCAUAGUUCACUAAACAAAGGCUGUAAAGCAAAAAUAAGUUAGAUUACGCUAGCAACAGGUUUCUUUUUUUACAUUUUGUAUUAUUCAUUACUUUACAUUAUUUUGACAAAAUUCAGUGUAUUUCUCAAACAAAACGCAUACAUGACUUCAGGAGACCUGGGCUGUAGACUCUCCAGUCAUAUGACUGAAUUAAAAUGUAAUCAUGCUGUUAA